UUCCGGGAUCAAUCUAGUAGUGUCGGUACGUGGUGUGCGGUCAGGGUACGGCAUUCUUUUCUUUCUUUUUUGUUGCGCAAAACGGCUUCCUGCGGCACCGCUGCUGCUCUCGUCACGCAGAACUGGGAAACUCGAGGCUUCGGAGAAGCACCCGAGCCACGAUGGCGUCCCGACAGGAUGGAACCCAGCAGCAGUCCGCUUGCCCGAAGGCCCUCGAUGUCAAGCGGAAGGAGGCUCUCGAUGCCUUCGAGCUGUACGUCCCCGAGGAGGCGGAGGUCCGUACUGUUCCCGUUAAGAUGUUGCCCCUGUCCGUCCUGAAGAGGAUGGGCCGGUUAGCCGCGCUGGGCAAAAAGAACGGCCUGACCGAGGGCGAUGGCAGUCUGACUGCCACCUGGAUCUCCCCUGUGGUUGUCAGGGAGAGAAGCGCCCCUCACGGGUGCGGUGACAACAGUGCGGCCAAGGACAGGCUCUCCAAGCUUGCCAUGGUGUCAGCUACACAGCUGUUCCACUAUUGGCUGCCCAUUACCUGUUCGAACCUUGUGGCAUUCAAAGUGCUCAAGCAGUUUUUACCAUCUGGGCAUGACCAGCAGAAUGACCCUGAGAAAGAGAUGAUGCAGAAAGCCAGCCAGGUCCCACCUCUGCACCAGGGUGGUCCCCUCACCUUCACCCAGGACUCCAUCAUCAUACUCAGCGGGCAGAGCUUCCUGUUUAUCAAGAAGCUGCGCCAAGCGAUGAGUUCCAGAAACUGCCGUCAGUCUUCUGCAUCGUGCAUUGGGACUCUGACGGCUGCUGAACGCCUCGAACUUGGCAGUGGGCCGUCGUGUCCGAGGUGUGGACGCAGUAGCUCCGUUGUGAAGGGCCUGGAUGCGGAGUCCCAGGACAUCAGUGAGCAGCAGCGGUUCAGCAUCACCCAGAAUGUGCACGUGGCUCUGAAAAGAAUAGCUGCCACUGAUGUAGGGAAAGACAGUGGUGCAGCACCUGUGAAUCCUUGCAGUUCCAGCGAGAAUCAGGAUGGCCAAAUGUCCCCCUCUAUUGGCACAUCUACAGAACAGCAUUCCAGCAGUGUAGCGGAGGAAGAUGCAUCCGAUGGACAGGCUUUGCAAGGGAGUGAACAGGUUCAAGUUCUGGACAGUGGUGAACCACUGGAGGAGGACAUUGGAGAGGAAGACCUUGCAGAACCUGCAUUAAAGAAAGCAAGACUGACCGUGCCUUCAGACUUUCUAUCAAACUGUGCUGAACUGCUUGAUGAGGGCUCAGGAGUGUGUGAGGAAGAUGGCAGCAAGUGUGAACACCAGACUCGAGACGGGGACACUGGGGUUCAGGGUGGAGCGGCGGCGCCUACAGUAGAAAAUGAGGAACAACAGAAUACCUGUGGAAGCUGGUCCGAGGGCGAGGGUCAGGCUAAUGCAGGAGACCAGAGUUCCCAUGUAUCGUCAUAUUUCUCUUCGUCUGCCCUGGAAGACACAGUGGCGUUUGACUUUGAGCAGCUGGCGAGGGAGGAAAGGAUCAACCGGAUUCGAGAGAGACUCCGGGAAAAGGAGGCUGCUCUCAGAAGAAUGGAGCCCCUCAGCUGAACGGUCCACUGUUUUGUGUCUUAUCUGUGCUGGAAAUAUGGUGCAAAGGCCUGAGCCCCAUAUCCAUGCUGGAGAGGGAGAACAUCUGAUGUGUGCAAUGAAAUGCUGGAUCCUUUAAUAGUUGGUUCCAUCAUUCUUAUGGUACAGUGUGUUUAAGGGGUGGACAGUUGCGAGAUGCGCACCUAUGGACAUUUUUAUGACUGGAGUAGCUGCCUACCUGCUCCAGCCUCACAUUAAUACACUGAGUGUGAAGGACUUUAUUUUUUUUCUUUUCAAAGUGUCAUUUCUUGGGUAGAGAUGACGACAGAGUGGUGUGUAGAGUCAUGUCAGUAAUUCGUCGCGUUGAAGGCGUUAAAUUGAGCCUCUUGUUUUUGUUGACUCUGUAUUAUCGCCUGUUUUCUGUACUCUGUGCACUCUGUCCUUGCGCAAUAAAUGCGAGAACACUUGCC